AUGGUGGUAGGCCUGGUCACCACCAACGAUCAAACAGCCUAUAAGGAGGAGGUACCCUCAGUGAAGACUGACAGUGUGGCCACUGUACAUGUUAGCAUCAAGGGGAGGAAGGAUGAGAUGAGUAAAAAGACCAAGAUCUUUAUCAAGCCCAAAAGAUUCCUCACCAUUUUCCAGACAGACAAACCAGUCUACAAACCUGGACAGACAGGGGUCAUCCUUAAAGGUAGUGGCAAGGCAAGCUUUACCGAUGUCAUCGUAACUGUUUGUUUUGAGGACGUGCCCCAAGCAUAUAAACCAGGGAUUGAAUAUGAGGGGAAGAUCAAAGUGACCGAUCCAGACUCUACUCCCAUUCCCAAUGAGCCUGUGUAUCUCUUCCUACAAAACAGUGGCACAUCUGAGGACUGGACUCUCACCACAGACAGCAAGGGCAUUGCUUCUUUCUCUCUAGACACUUCUCUGUGGAGUUCUGAAGAUACAGGAAAGGUGGAUGUUGAGAAGACUGUCCCUGACACCAUCACCAAGUGGGCUGCAGUGGCGUUCUGUACUUCCUCAGUGGGUUUUGGCCUGGCUCCCAACACUGGCCUCACUGCCUUCCAACCCUUUGUGAAGGUGAUUCUAGCUGAGUCGGACCAGUUCACAGCCAGGCCAUGUGAAGGCUGCCAGUACACCCUGUGUCUGUGUGCUGAAGAGAGCAGAACCUUCAAGUGGAUCCUCACCCCAACUGCUCUGGGGGAGGUGAGUGUGAAAGUGAGCGCCGAGGCAUUGAAGACUGAGGAGCGCUGCGGCAACGAAGUGGCCACGAUUAAAUACUUUUUAAUUGGUUGUACAAGUUUAAGUCACUCAGUCUGUCUCAUUUAUCUGUCUCCAGAGGGCCCAGUGGAGAAGGACAUCUCUCUGAAGUUGCCUGAGGUGUUUGUGGAGGGCUCUGCCAAGGCCUCUCUCUCAGUACUAGGCGAACUGAUGGGCCGGGCCAUGAAGAACCUGGACAGCCUGUUGCAGAUGCCCUAUGGCUGUGGAGAGCAGAACAUGGUGCUGUUUGCUCCCAACAUCUACAUCCUCAACUAUCUGCAGAGCACCAGGCAGCUCACCAAGGAGAUCCAGGCCAGGGCCACAGGCUUCUUAGAGAGUGGUGAGGAAGCUGGAUCUGGUUCAGCUACCAGAGAGCUCAACUACAAGCAUGAUGAUGGCUCCUACAGUGCCUUUGGGAAGAGUGAUGAGUCUGGAAACACCUGGCUCACCUCCUUUGUGCUGAAGUCCUUUGGCGGGGCCAAGCCCUACAUCUUUGUGGACCCCGCCCACAUUGCCCAGGCCAAGGCCUGGUUGGCCAGUCACCAGCAGAAUGAUGGCAGCAUCACAUCAGCAGGGAAACUCUUCCAUUACGGCAUGAAGGGAGGGGUCGGGGAUCAGGUGUCGCUCACUGCCUACAUUACCACUGCACUGCUGGAGCUGGAUGGCAACACUACUGACCCCAUGGUGGAGAAGAGUCUGGUGUGUCUGAAGGCAGCAGUGUCUGACAAGCUGGACAACACCUACACCACAGCCCUGAUGUCCUACACAUUCGCCCUGGCACAAACCCAGGAUAUGAGGGCCAAGCUCAUCACCCACCUGGACAAGAUUGCUGAUACCUCAGACUAUGAGGGAAUACCUGGACCAAUAAGAAAUGCUAAUUCAGUCUGGGAGAGAGCAGAGGCUUCUGGGCGGAAGACAGACUCUCUGGAGGUGGAAAUGACAUCCUACGUGCUGCUGGCGCUGCUCUCAGGCCCGUCCAUGCCAGGCUUUGGGCUGGACUACUCCACCGCCAUCGUCCGCUGGCUUGCCCAGCAGCAGAACCCCUAUGGAGGUUUUGCUUCCACACAGGACACAGUGGUAGCACUGCAGGCUCUGGCCAUGUACGGUGCUGCCACCUUCAGUCCAGAGGGCGCCAGUACAGUCAGUGUGAGCUCAGCCGGAGGCCUGAAUAUGGAGUUCACUGUGAAUCAGAACAACAGGCUUCUCUAUCAGGAGGAACAGCUGAAGGAGGUCCCUGGGGACUACAACAUCAAGGCACAGGGCAAAAGCUGUGUGUUUGUGCAGAUCGCCAUGCACUACAAUAUUCCCCCUCCUCCUGAUUUCUCUGCUUUUAACAUCUCAACAGAGACGCUGGGGAAAUGCAACGGCACCAAGAAAUCAAUGAUUGUGUCUGUGGAUGUAAGGUACAAUGGUCGGCGAGAGGAGACCAGCAUGGUGAUCAUCAAUGUCAAACUUCUCUCCGGCUUCGUCCUGGACAAGUCCUCCCUCAGGCCCUUGAAAAAUGACCCCUGUCAAACGAGUUGAUCUGGAGGAAGGACAUGUCAUCAUCUACCUAGAUGGGCUUAUUCAGAAGGAAACUAAGACGUACAGCCUGGCCAUAGAGGAGGUUGUGCCUGUGAGGAAUCUGAAACCAGCUGUGGUGAAAGUGUAUGACUACUACCAGACAAGUGAUGAAGCUGUGAGUGAAUACAGCUCCCCAUGUGCAGAGAGAAGGUGAUGAAAUCAAUGAAGUGUGAAAGACAGAAAGCCAAUCACAAGCUGACUGGACCAUGGCUCAACCAAUUGCUUUCCUAUCAAGGAAGUCAUGUUUUUAGGUAGAGCUCAUAAAACCUCUACAGUUCAUGGUACCACAUUGACCAACUUGUGAUCUGUUUUUAACAUGUGUUUAAUAGAUGGGCAUUAGAAUGUACUUUUAAUUCUUUUCUUUUUUUGUAACUUUGAUUUGUGCUAACACGUAACCCUAAAACGAUUGUGAGAUCGUUAUUUCAAAAGUAAUAUCAGUGUUUCUACUGCGACGAUGAGAAUGAAAUGUUUUAAUUAAACCAUGGCCAUGUUGCUAUGAUUUCAAACCAGACUCACAGUAACAUUUGUUUUAAUAGAUCUGACAAUAUCCUUAUAAUCCAUACAUGAAAGUGCCGUAUAAAACAGUGUACCGUCAACAUAACAUAGUCUGAAGAUGGUGUGAGAGAUGUUCUACACGGUGUUGAGGGAGUGUAGACAGUUGUAUGACCCUGUGAGUGUUUUAAGUAUACUGAAGUGUAUUCUGACCAUUCUUUUGAAAUGACAAAAACAAGUAAAUUGCUUUUUAUACAAUACUGGUUGAAUGAUGAGUAAAUUACAUUUUCAUACAGGCAUCUUUUUUUUUUU